CAUGAUCCUAUGUAGUUACGCGCUUGAUAGCGUCGAUGCAGUAACUACAACUCAAAUUAUAUACAUCUAAAAAGACGAGACAUUACCAAUUUCGAGUAAUAGGGCAUUGAUGAGUUCAUGUUUCAUGAAUUCCGAGUCGCAGAGAGAAGAUGAGAAUAUGGAUCCCGAGUAGGAGUUUAUUAUUUGCUGGCCUUCGCGGCCACAGACCGAGGCGCUAUAGCGCUGUUACCAACAAUGUAGAACGAGUGAAUAUUCGUGUCGGCUCAUCAGGCGAUAUGACCAUUGAUUUACACAAUAUUGCGAAGUUGUCAUCACAAAGCCCCUUAUUGGUGUAUCUACCACCAUUUUCAACACCCUACACAAAGACACCUGUCUGGUUGCCAAGAUUCAUGCUGGGGAAACCGACAGCUGUGAUAAACUACCGUUGGGAUGGCUCCUAUCCCUUCCAGACUAAAAAGGCUGCCGCUCUAGCAUCUACGAAGAAAUCGGACGAGGAGGGAUUCUCUCCUGUCUUGUCCUGGCCAGCCCCUAUUCAUGACACUUCAAUGGCUUACAACUGGAUUGUCCGAAACCUAGGUCCGUCUGGUUUUAAUCGUCGAAACAUAUACCUGUACGGCUCGUAUCUUGGCGCAUCCCUAGCAAUGUCUCUUGCUCUCACGGAAGCUCAUCCCUACCAGCGGACGGCUGUUCGAGGAUGCAUAGCCUUGAAUGGGAUAUAUAACUGGACUAGGUUUCUCCCUGACCAUCCCAUUAACAAGCCACCGGAGCCAGGUUCGACCUCAGAAAAAGGUUCAUCCCGCCCGAACGAUCCCCUCUUCCUAAAGCUGAAGCAGCACGUCGAGGCAUUAUUCGUAAGCCCAAGUGGCCUCUUCGAUCCGUUUGCGAGCGCUUCUCUAUUCUUCUAUACCCCUGAACUUCUCGUGCCACCAGACUUCACCACAUCUGCUCUCUCCCCCGACGCAUCGCUCCUAGCGAAUGUAUCUUUACCGAAUGCGGUGACGGGUGAACCAACGCUAAUCCUCAGGCAUCCUGAAAAAAUCUGGAACGUCUUCCCGCCGAUGGCAUCCGCGCUGGAAAUCCCCCAGACACUGCUGCUCUACACUACGCCGCACUCAUCCUUAAGAGGGCAGCAGGAGCAGAAGAACAAGGAGAAUAGUUUUCAGACCCAGGCCCGAGAACUGGGAGGGGUCAUGCGUUGCAGAUUGUAUAAAGGGCAGCAGAAGGAACGGAAUAAGUUUGAUGAUGACCAGUGGGAGGACGAGCCUGAUGGGGCGGUUCAGGUUCAUAAUGUAGGGCCCAGUUAUGCAUCCUAUGCAUUCAAUAGAAAAGGGGAGGAACUGGCUGCGACCUGGCUGGAGGAUCAUCUUAGUUAGUAGGUGCAAGCACAUAAAUCUCGACUCCUAUGCGAAUGUCUGUGGUAAAGAUUCCAUGCUGGUUCUAACAUAUAAUCGCAACUCAUAGAUGAGUUCUAUGGCAUCAAAAGGGGGACUUGACGUGGUUGUUGUGCAUGUGUAUACUACCUGUUAGAAUGAUUUUCAAGGGCAAGCAACAUAGCAACUGAAAAAUCAAAUACAUAACUACACAACAUCCGGCAUACGUUGAUAUCUCUCACUUGAGAUCUUCAUAUAGUUCGAACUUGCGCAGUUCGACGCAAAUCUACCUUCGUUGGGGACAUACACUUAAGAGGCUAUCAUUUUAUUCAGUACACCUAAAGCGAUCAUCAAUGCAUCUAUCUAUC